UUCCUGAAUGUCCUUCUCUAUUUCCCACCUCUUACAAGCUUCUCUUCACUCAAUCGGGGGACGAAGAUCCACACGAUAACAGUCUAUCGCACUCGUCAGCAUGGGGCUCACAAGUGACGCAAACUAUAAGAAACUGGACGCGUGGUAUAAAUCCAACGCCGGCAAGCUGAAUAUGAGGCAGAUGUUUGAUGGUGACAAGGAAAGAUUCGGCAAGUUUAGCAUAACAUUGAAAACGGACGAAGGAGACAUCUUGCUUGACUAUUCAAAGAACCUAAUCAAUGAAGAAGUGAUGAAGAUGUUGAUUGACCUGGCAAAAUCAAGGGGUGUGGAGACAGCCAGGGACAAGAUGUUUACUGGUGAGAAGAUCAAUUUUACGGAGGGCCGGGCAGUUCUCCACGUGGCUCUGAGGAACCGAUCCAAUGCCCCCGUUAACGUUGACGGGAAGGACGUCAUGCCCGAGGUCAACGAGGUCCUUGAGAAGAUGAAGGGCUUCUGUCAUAAAGUGCGUAGCGGCGAGUGGAAGGGUUACACCGGGAAAUCCAUCACUGAUGUCGUCAACAUUGGCAUAGGAGGCUCUGACCUGGGCCCGCUGAUGGUCACCGAGGCGUUGAAGCCCUAUUCCAAAGAAGGACCUCGCGUCUGGUUUGUUUCCAACAUCGACGGCACGCACAUUGCAAAGACCCUGGCGGAGCUCAACGCUGAGACCACGCUCUUCAUCAUCGCCUCCAAGACAUUCACCACUCAGGAGACCAUCACCAAUGCUGAGUCUGCCAAGGAGUGGUUCCUGAACGUUGCUAAAGAUAAAUCAGCUGUAGCCAAACACUUUGUGGCGCUCUCCACGAACGCGCCCAAAGUAAAGGACUUCGGGAUCGAUACUGAGAACAUGUUCGAGUUCUGGGACUGGGUGGGUGGACGUUACUCCCUGUGGUCAGCGAUUGGCCUGUCCAUUGCUUUGCACAUAGGCUUUGAGAACUUUGAGAAAUUGCUGAGUGGAGCUCACUGGAUGGACUGCCACUUCCGCAGCGCCCCCCUGGAGAGCAACGCUCCUGUACUGCUGGCCAUGCUGGGCGUCUGGUACAUCAACUUCUUCCAGGCGGAAACUCACGCCCUUCUCCCCUAUGACCAGUACAUGCACCGCUUCACCGCCUAUUUCCAGCAGGGGGACAUGGAGUCCAAUGGGAAAUACAUCACCAAUCACGGCACACGAGUGGAUUACCACACCGGGCCUAUUGUCUGGGGGGAGCCUGGCACCAAUGGGCAGCAUGCCUUCUAUCAGCUCAUCCACCAGGGAACGCGUAUGGUGCCCGCUGAUUUCCUGAUCCCAGCCCAGACGCAGCAUCCCAUCAGGGACAACCUACACCACAAGAUCCUGAUAGCUAACUUCCUAGCCCAGACUGAGGCACUAAUGAGGGGAAAGACCACAGAGGAGGCAAAGAAAGAACUGGAAUCCAGCGGCUUGAGCGGAGAAGCUCUGGACAAACUGUUGCCCCACAAAGUUUUUCAAGGAAACAAACCAACCAACUCUAUCGUGUUCAAGAAACUAACUCCCUUCACCCUCGGAGCUCUCAUCGCAAUGUAUGAGCACAAGAUCUUUGUACAAGGAGUCAUGUGGGAAAUCAACAGUUUUGACCAGUGGGGAGUUGAACUGGGGAAACAGCUGGCCAAAAAGAUAGAGACAGAGCUGAAGGACACCGCAGAGGUGACAUCACAUGACUCCUCCACCAAUGGCCUCAUCAGCUUCAUUAAGAAGAACCAUGCCUGAAGGCUCCUCCUCCACAGGGACCCAUGGGAGUUGGCACAUAGCAGCCCAGCGAGUCACUACCAGCACAUCAAAUACACUUUAUCGUUGUGCUACCCCUACGAUUACUGAAUCUGCUAAAGAGGGAACAUGUGAUUUAAGACUGGGAAGAUGUUGAACCACCCUACCUCUUCACUCAGUCAGUCGCGACUCAUAAGUGUCUGCCCGUCACUUAAAUGCUUGUCAUCUCUUCAUGAUGCAACAUAAUAACAUUUAUUAUAUUUCUGUCAAACAUAUAUGUAGAUUACACCUGGAAUUUGUAAAGUGUGAAAGACUGGUCAUUAAACAAGGGGAAUCCC